UUCGCUCCCUGCGGCGGGCGCGGCCCGGGCGCCCGAGACCCUCGGCCCGGAGAGCGGCGGCGGCGCCGGACACCGAGCACCGGCAUUGCAGAACUGCACGGUGUGCAAGGAGCCCCUAGCAACCUCCCGCAGGGAUUCUGCUUGGCCCUGAUCGGGAACCUGGAGACAAGACCCUGAUUGAUGCUAGUGCCCCGGGAGCGGGCGCGAAGGUGAAGCCGAGGGCGACCAUGGGUCAGAAGGUCCCUGGAGGGAUCAAGACUGUGGGCAUGAGGGACCCCGUGUACCGGCCUCUAAAGCAAGAGCUGCAGGGCCUGGACUACUGCAAGCCCACGCGGCUGGACCUGCUGCUGGACAUGCCCCCCGUGUCCUACGACGUCCAGCUGCUCCACUCGUGGAACGACAAUGACCGCUCGCUCAACGUCUUCGUGAAGGAGGACGACAAGCUGAUCUUUCACCGGCAUCCGGUGGCCCAGAGCACGGACGCUAUCAGGGGCAAGGUUGGGUACACGCGUGGGCUGCACGUGUGGCAGAUCACGUGGGCCAUGAGGCAGCGGGGCACGCACGCUGUGGUGGGUGUGGCCACGGCCGACGCCCCCCUGCACUCUGUGGGAUACACGACCCUCGUGGGAAAUAACCACGAGUCCUGGGGCUGGGACUUGGGGCGCAACCGGCUCUACCAUGAUGGCAAGAACCAGCCGAGCAAAACGUACCCAGCCUUUCUGGAGCCAGAUGAGACAUUCAUCGUGCCGGACUCCUUCCUGGUGGCCCUGGACAUGGAUGACGGGACCCUGAGCUUCAUCGUGGACGGACAGUACAUGGGCGUGGCUUUUCGGGGACUCAAGGGCAAAAAACUGUACCCUGUCGUGAGUGCCGUCUGGGGCCACUGCGAGAUCCGCAUGCGCUACUUGAAUGGACUCGAUCCCGAGCCUCUGCCGCUCAUGGAUCUCUGCCGGCGCUCGGUGCGCCUGGCCCUGGGCAAGGAGCGCCUGAGUGCCAUCCCCACGCUGCCGCUGCCUGCCUCCCUCAAGGCCUACCUCCUCUACCAGUGACAGACUCUGUGCCCUGGGACCACCACCUCCACAGCCACCUGGCGCCAACUCACUGAGCCGCCGCCGCCGGGGCCACCGUGCCUGCGCCUGGGACCACUGACCGCAGCCCCAGGCAGAAGUCCCUGCCCUUCUCUCCAUCCUCCCUGGCUGCCUCUGCCGGCCCAGGACCGAUUGUGACCCAGGCUCCUCCCCCCUGCCCGACACUGCCAGGAGGCGGGGUCCCUGCAUGUGAGAAAGAAACAGAAUAAAUUCCUACGCAAGCCGUGCGUGGCACUCCAGUCUGCUGCCGGGUGGGGCAUGGGGCUCCCCACACCCUCAGGGACAGGCUGCCACCCGGGGGGUCCCAGGGUGAUGGGAGAUGCCCCGGCUUGGAAAACAGGUGCCAGGGGGUGCUCAGAGGUGCUCAGAUAAGGGCCAGGACCGGGUCGUGCAGGGGAAGCUCAGGACGUCCGAAACGCACCCUGGACACCCAGGCAGAAGCCACAGUGGAAACUUCCACGGCCAAGUCAGCCUCCACGCUGGCUGCGGUGCCCUGGGCCCUGUAUUUAUUCUUGCAACAGUAACAGAAGUCAGUUAUUUAUUUCACGUAGACAGGAACCCGUGCUUUGGUAGCCUCGCCCUGGCAUCUUCUGUUGCUUUUCUGCAGUGUGCCCCCGCCUUGGGAUGUGUGUGCCUCCCCUGUCCUCCUGGGCCACCCCUGGGUGAGUGUGCGUGUGUGCGGCUCCCCGAGCGGCCCCUCAGGGAGAAUUCGCCUCCUGUGCAAUAUGAGAGACCCCGAGAGGCCGUGGGAGAGGGCCGGGCACUUCCCCGGGGCUCCGGGCAGCCCCUUGAGCACCGGCGUCAGACGGUUUUACACAUGGCUGUACUUGGAUUUGGCAUUUGCUUCGCUGGCUGAGAUUUCCCAAGUGCAUUCUCAGAUGCUCUGGGUGUGUGUCCCCAGGGACUCCCAGAGAGAAGAAGGGAGGUGAGAGGGUCCCCGGCCCAAGAAGCCAGAGGCAGGGGGAGACCAUGGGAGCCAGCCCCCAUCUCUGCCCGGUACCCCCGCCUCGGCUCCAGGCCUGCAUGGAGCAGCCCAACUCCAUCACGAUCCUGGCGGAGCCCGUGGAGGGGUGCUGGGGGCCGGCAGGGGCGUGGAGAUUGCCGGUCCACCUGCUCCCCGCGGAGCGCACCCAGCCCCCACCGCCACACUCUGCAUUUCUUCUCUCGGUUCAUUUCUGCAUAGGUACAAUAGAGAACUUUAUUUGUUUAAAUGUUUAAUAUAUAUACAUAUAUAUAUAUAUAUUUGUCUGUAAAGAAUUAUGUUUUAAACAGCUGCUGUAGGUCACCUUUUUAAAAAAUAAAAAAUCUUCCAGUGAAGUAUAUUUUUUAAAGCACAAACGUGGUGCCAAAACCGGGUGAGGAAUGUCAGUGACCCCUCGUUAUCUGAAGGGGGUUCUUUCCAGAGCAGGAGCUUGACCUUGCCUGUAAGAUUUGGAAAGAUCGUCCUGGCUUCCAUUCCAGGAUGGCUCAUGCGUCCACAAGUGUGGGCAGGCAGAGAGAGUGCCACUUGCACAGAUCACAGCCUCUGGCCCCCAGGGGCACCAGAUAAAUCGCUGGGCUCUCUCUGCACCGCCCACCCCGACCAAGGAAGCCCCCAACCCCACCUCCUUUCCUAUCAGCCCAGAGCCUUGUGGCUUGUACAGUUCUAUCCUAUGAUGGUUGGUAAUAGGCAAUAACCUAAUAAAGGAACGUUUGUUAAAACAGAAAA